AUCAUGAUAUUAGCAUUGAAUUUAAUUAUUUUAUUUGAAUUUUCAAAAACUCUCAUUUAAUUACUCUACCAUUUUUACUAAUAACUAAAAAAUUUCAAACUCAUUAAUUAAAUUUAAAUAAAUGAUAACCUUUAUUUCACAUUUAUAUUAACAAAUAUAUAUUUGUUACUUUAUAUAUGACAAAUUAGCAAUUACUCACAACAAUAUCAAUUCUGUCCCCAUUAAAAAAAAAAAAAAAAAAUGAUUCAUAAUUUUUCAAUUGCACCCAACAAUAAAUUUUCUCAUUAUUCAAACGAUAGUUAUUCCUUGAGGAAAUCUAACCUAAAGAAGAGACAUUUUCAUUUACAAAUAAGUAAUUUUCUUAUAAAUAAAUAUCACAAUUGAACAGUAAAUAAUAUAAGUAAUGAGUUACAAAACAGUUAAAGUUAUUGUAUGUUUAUUAUUGGGAGUAAUUUCAAUAACUGGUGACAAAUUAGUUGAAUAUAAUGAAAAAAAUCAUCUAUUGCGAGCUAUUAUUGACAAUCUAACUCAUGGUUGCGUUGCUGGUUUAUCAUGGGCAUUUAUUGUUUUGUUAUUAAAUGAAUCUAUUGUUAAAAAUAUUAUCAGUAUUUUAUUAUGCGCGUCAAUGUCGUCGUUCAUUGACGUCGAUCAUUUUAUUGAAGCUAAAAGUUUUCAUAUAAAUGACGCGAUACGUCUAGAUCACCGACCAUUUUUUCACUGUACAACAAUACCAAUUGUUAUUUGGUCAACAUUUCUAUUAGGAUCAAAAAUACUCAGUGAUAAUGAACUGAAUUAUUAUGCAUGGAUUGUAUUUACAAGUUUUUUGAGUCAUCAUAUACGAGAUGGAACCAGAAGAGGUCUUUGGUUUUUUCCAUUUGGCUCGACUAGAAAAAUUCCCUAUUAUUUGUACAUAGUCAUGACAAUGUUGCUUCCGUUUUUUGUGUAUUUUUCAAUGAACAAACCUUCGAAAAAAUUAAUUCAAACACACGGUGCAAUUAACGUCGCCUAGUUACCUCAAUUAAUCACAAUCAUUAAUGAUUAAUCUCGACAAAAAAACUAUUUAUUCAUGUUAAUUAAAUUUAUUUAUUAUUUUUACAUAUUUUAUAUUUUAUAUAAGUAUAUAUACAAACAUUAGUUUCAUAUCAAAUAAAUUUUUGAAAUUUUUUUUCCAAUAAUUGAUAAAUCAAUUCAUAAAAAAAAUAAAAUACACUUAUAAAAAAUUGAAAAAAAUAUG